CGGGAACUGACUGGUACUGAGACCAGGGGAAGGGGACCACCUACAAGGAGGCUGGGUGGCAGGCCACUCUGAGCUGCCCCACUCCAAACAGCCAGCCAUGACGGAAGAGGUGUGGGUGGGCACCUGGAGGCCCCACAGGCCCCGGGGGCCCAUCAUGGCCCUCUACAGCAGCCCUGGCCCCAAGUACCUGAUUCCACCCACCACAGGCUUUGUGAAGCACACACCCACCAAGCUACGUGCUCCAGCCUAUAGCUUUCGUGGAGCCCCCAUGCUCCUGGCAGAGAACUGCUCCCCAGGACCCCGCUACAGUGUAAACCCUAAAAUAUUAAGGACCGGCAAGGAUCUUGGCCCUACCUACUCCAUCCUGGGGCGCUACCACACCAAGACCAUGCGGACCCCUGGCCCGGGUGACUACUUUCCAGAGAAAUCUACCAAGCAUGUGUUUGAUUCAGCACCCAGCCACUCCAUCUCUGCCCGGACUAAGACAUUCCGGGUAGACAGCACUCCAGGCCCCGCUGCAUACAUGCUGCCAGUGGUGAUGGGACCACAUACUGUGGGUAAGGCAUCCCAGCCCUCCUUUUCCAUCAAAGGCCGCAGCAAGAGGGGCAACUUCAGCGAUGAUCUGCACAAGGCAAGGACCCCAGGUCCUGCAGCAUACCGCCAGACAGAUGUGCAGGUGACCAAGUUCAAGGCUCCACAAUACACCAUGGCAGCCAGGGUGGAGCCUCCAGGGGACAAAACUCUCAAGCCAGGACCAGGAGCCCACAGCCCUGAGAAGGUGACCCUGCACAAACCCUGUGCCCCCAUUGUUACUUUCGGCAUCAAACACUCAGACUACAUGACACCCCUGAUUGUCGACGUGGAAUAGCUCCAGUCCUACAACCUACAGCCUGGAUCCAUCUCAUGCCUCCACAACUCCCAGGGCAAAUGCAGGUUGAAUGGCUCCUUCU